UGCUGCCUGUUCCGGUAUCUAGCUGCAGCACAGGCAGCGUUGGCUUUCGGGCGCAGUAACGUCUCACUCAACGACCCAAGACAGUUGUCCUACUCUGAUGAUACAUUUAAUGAAACCGAAAUGUAGAGUUUUAACCAUUUUAAUCCGCUUUUUAAAAGAAGCCGGUUAUCCACCAGGCCACCCUUUUCCUCCGCAACAUCUGAACGACCUUAUUCGACUUAGCUGCGCAGCCGGGAAGAGAGCGACUUUUGGGGGAUUGUUCAGCUACUUUGGCGUCUCGGAUUAAUUAGCCAACUAGCAUCUUGCUAACAACCUCUCGACUCGACAACCGGAGAGUUCAAUUCCUCGGACCACAUCAUCGAAAGAUAGCUAGCCACUUAUGAUUGCGGCUGUUUUUCCAAGCGUGGGGGAUGGGAGUUUCUGAUUUCAUGUGCUAGUUAGCUGUAUUUGUUUUCAUUUUCUUCAUCAAACGAAGGUCAAUCAAGUCUGGUCCGGCCUAAACGGAAUCCCCGGACUCCAGUUGAAUACCGAUUUUGGAAAGAAGCUCUGCCGUCGCUUCACCGAACUGACAAUACAUCCACUUGUUGGCUAGUUGCGGAAUUCUCUCCCUCCUUAUCCCAAGACCAGGGACAGACGAGUGGCUCCAAAUGUAACCAAGAGGACAUUUUCCAACCCACCCGAAUUUUUUUUUAGUGUAACCAACGUUAUCGGUCGCUAGUUAACGCAAUCAGUUAGCUAGUCAUUUUGUAACGUCGCCUAGCUAGCUAGUUGGCUAACCAACUAUCUAGCCAUAUGACUAUUUUCACUGACGGUUGAAAAACUUUUGACCCCCCUUUUCCCUUUAGAUACGGACACGUACUUCUAAUGAGGGAUUCAACUUGUUGAUUGUUGUAGGUAGCUAGCUAAUGGCUAGCUAGCUAUUUAAACUUUUUUCUUUCGACGGACAUUGAAGAUAUAGCUAGCUGCAUUACAGCCUUAAAUGUGCUUCGGAUUCUGAAUGGUUUUGUGUCCCUCCGUCCCCUUUUUCUGGAGGAUCCCGUAAAAUGUCAACCCGGCCGCCAUUGUUAACAGUCAUUGAAAAUUCGUCCAGCCAGUCUCACUCGGACUCCAAGGGCGGGGAGCGUCCCAGCAUGCCGCGGUGCCGGAACUCGGUCGCCACGACGGCGGACGAGCAGCCGCACAUCGGCAACUACCGGCUGCUGAAGACCAUCGGCAAGGGCAACUUCGCCAAGGUGAAGCUGGCCCGGCACGUGCUCACCGGGAAGGAGGUGGCGGUGAAAAUUAUAGAUAAGACUCAGCUGAAUUCGUCUAGCCUCCAGAAGCUGUUCAGGGAAGUGAGGAUCAUGAAGCUGCUGAAUCAUCCUAAUAUAGUUAAAUUAUUUGAAGUCAUAGAAACGGAGAAAACGCUGUAUUUGGUGAUGGAAUAUGCCAGUGGAGGUGAAGUGUUCGAUUACCUCGUAGCUCAUGGGAGGAUGAAAGAGAAGGAAGCCAGAGCCAAAUUCAGACAAAUUGUGUCAGCAGUGCAGUACUGUCACCAGAAGUGUAUUGUCCACAGAGACCUAAAGGCAGAGAACCUCCUCCUGGACGCCGACAUGAACAUCAAGAUCGCCGACUUCGGCUUCAGUAACGAGUUCACCCUGGGGAACAAGCUGGACACGUUCUGCGGCAGCCCCCCCUACGCGGCCCCCGAGCUCUUCCAGGGCAAGAAGUACGACGGGCCCGAGGUGGACGUGUGGAGCCUGGGCGUCAUCCUCUACACGCUGGUCAGCGGCUCCCUGCCCUUCGACGGGCAGAACCUCAAGGAGCUGCGUGAGCGGGUGCUGAGGGGGAAGUACAGGAUUCCCUUCUACAUGUCCACGGACUGCGAGAACCUGCUGAAGAAGUUCCUCAUCCUCAACCCUUCAAAGCGGGGCAGCCUGGAGCAGCAGAUAAUGAAGGAUCGCUGGAUGAACGUGGGUCAUGAGGAUGAGGAGCUGAAGCCGUACUUGGAGCCGCAGCCCGACUACAAGGACCCCAAGAGGACAGAUAUAAUGUUGCAGAUGGGCUACUCUCAGGAAGAGAUCCAGGACUCUCUUGUCAACCAAAAAUACAACGAAGUCAUGGCCACAUACCUGCUGUUGGACUAUAGGAACUCAGAGCUGGACGAGGGCACCAAUUUAUCAAUAAAGCCCCGCCCUGGAAGUGACCUCACGAACAGCAGCGUCCAAUCGCCUCCUCACAAGGUACAGCGCAGUGUCUCCUCCAGCCACAACAAGCCCCGCCGAGCCACAGACCAAGGCUCCUCCUCCUACUCCAAGCGCUCCCAGGGGGACAGCAAGCACACCGCCGAGGAUUCUGGGAGGAAAGGUUCGGGCAGCUCCGCCAAAGUUCCCCCCAGCCCCCUGGCCUCGGUGGACCGCAAGAAGACCACUCCCACCCCCUCCACCAACAGCAUCCUGUCCACCGGUACGAGUCGGAGCCGCAACUCGCCCCUCACCGAGAGGUCCACGCUGGGGCAGGGCGUGCAGAACGGCAAGGACAGCACCGCUCCCCAGAGAGUCCCGGGGGCGUCUCCCUCGGCCCACAACAUCAGCAGCUCCACGGCGACGGACCGCACCAACUUCCCCCGGGGGGUGGCCAGCCGCAGCACGUUCCACGCCGGCCAGCAGAGGGCGACGCGGGACCAGCACGCCUCCGCCUACAACGGGCCACCCGCCUCCCCCUCCCUCUCCCACGGGAACAGCCAGCCCCGCCGGCCGGCGGCUUCCGGAAUCUUCAGCAAGUUCACCUCCAAGUUCGUGCGCAGAAAUUUCUCGCUCAGAUUCCCCAGAAGUCCGUAUGAGGGAGAGGGUCGGGAUGAGGGGAGCAGGCCGAUGCUGGGCGGCACCGGGGACAAGUCUGAGAAGGGCCCGGGCAGCGUGCUGGGCUCCACGGGCGACGAGAACAAGGACUCGCUGUCCUCGUCCUCGCCCGUGCCCGGCGGCACCCCGCCGCCCCAGCUCUCGCACCACGCCAAGGACUCCAAGCCCCGCUCCCUGCGCUUCACCUGGAGCAUGAAGACCACGUCGUCCAUGGAGCCCGGCGAGAUGAUGAAGGAGAUCCGCAAGGUGCUGGACUCCAACAGCUGCGAGUACGAGGCGCGGGAGCGCUUCAUGCUGCUGUGCGUGUCGGGGAACCCGGCGCGCGACGACUUCGUGCAGUGGGAGAUGGAGGUGUGCAAGCUGCCCCGCCUCUCCCUCAACGGCGUGCGCUUCAAGCGCAUCUCCGGCACCUCCAUCGCCUUCAAGAACAUCGCCUCCAAGGUGGCCAACGAGCUCAAACUGUGAGCCCCGGAGAGAGAGAGGGAGAGAGAGAGAGAGAGGGAGGGAGAGAGAGAGGGGGGGAGGGUGUAUUGGAGCCUGCGGGACAAGGAGUGGGACUGGGGCUUUGGGGCGAGGAAGAGGAGGAAGAGGAGGAGGAGGAGAACUGGUGGGAGGAGGAAGAGGAACAGGACUGAACCGGGAGGAAGGCUAGGAGACAAAAAUCGUAGGAAGAGAAAGAGGUUUGAGGAGGACUCUGCGAAGGAACUGGGGUGGGAUUGUCGGAAAGGAGUUUGUGUAGGGAGCUGGAGUUUUUGGGGGACUGUUCUUCUGUUUUUUUUUGUUUUGUUUUUUUUGUUUCUCCCCGUUCCCCCUUAAAUUUUCGUUCUCUUUACCUGUGGUGAAUUUUCUUGUUAUUGUUGGUUCCCAGAUCACUUCCCUUACCCCCCUCACACCUGUCCUCAGAAAGCUCACAGGUGAACGGAGCGGAUGGCCUUCAGCUCAGAGCUCCGGUGGCGACAGACUGUGAGGAACCCGCAGGGCCCCCGCUUACCCCCCCAGGCCCAAACGUCUCUCCCCCCUGCGGGUCUGUCGCAGGCGGAGGGAGGGAGCCACGCUCUGUCGCUCUGGUUGUACCAAACAGUCGAGUGUCUCACCCUGUGAGGAAGGAAACGUUUCCACCUUAAAAACCUGUCGCUCUCUGAUGAUGUCACACUGUCGUUCUGCCCCCCUCCCCUCCCCUCCCAGGUUAAAUUCUGCCACAGGGGUCAAGUUAGAAAAUUAAGUAAUUAAGGGCCAAUCGUGUAAUCAUUGGUGGAUUAACUGUAAUUUAGUUGCCGGUAGGUCUCAAAGCUCUGCACUGGAAUCGGUCUUGUUUGGUUGCCUUUUCUGAAGAAAACGUGAGAAUGAGAAGCUGAACGAUUUUCUUUUUCUUGUUCCGUUUGGAUCGUACCUCGCCUUUGUACAGAGAAUGUAAAGCAGAACGUGCCUCCCAAACCAUCCAAAAAGAAAGCUAAGCAGAAGUAUGACUAUUAAAAUAUCUAUAAAUAUAUGAAAAUAUUUAUCACUGGAAAAGACAGAAUUUCUUUCAUCUUUGACAUUUUGAAAAUGUGUUGACUUGAGCCCGCUCACGUCUCUCCUGGCGGCCCCUACUGGUCACGCGGGAGAGAGGACGAGGUGUCCAACCACAAACGCCCUCCUGCCUCAGAGGGGGAAGAGACAUGGUCCCGACGGCGUGCAAUUCUGCCCCAAUCAUCAUUAUUAUCAUUAUGAUUAUCAUCACUUAUUUUUGAUAGGAGUAUUUAAUAUUGAGCAUGGGAGUGAACUUCUGUUUUUGUACUUUCGACAAAAAAAAAAAAAAGAAAAGGCCACCGGCCUCACAGACAUAUCUUUUCAACAAUGAUUGAAUGAGAGCAGUAAAAUAGAAUUGUAAUCAUAACCGUAAUAAUGAUGAUCCUAAUUGACUACUGCUCAUUUGUUGUGUUGUUUAGUACUGAUUCUUUUUUUGGCGUUAUAUUGUUAUUAAAAAGAUACUGCUUUCGGUUAAGCACUGCCUGAAGAGAGAUGCUACAAUUAUAUUUUAUUUUUUGCUUUCCGGUCUCAUUGUAUGAGAAUACAGGCAUCGACCCCCCCCCCAACCUGAAAUGGAUUUUGGUAUUUAAGGAGGGUGUGUGUGCAAGCCAACCCAACAGACUCCGCCCCCCCCCCCCUCUAGAACCAGCAUGCACGCACACUCUGCUGUCCACAAAGCAUUAUCUUAGCCCUCUGUUCCCCUGCACAUUAAGCUAAACGACUGCUCGCCAACACAUUUCGUGACACAUGAAAAUUUGCAUGGGCAUAACUCGAUCACCUCUUGUGUCAUGGUGAAGUAGUUGUGUUCUGAGACAUUGUGAAUCUUAGCCUCAAGGUGUGUGACCGCAGUUAUAUUUAAGUCUAAUUCUCCCAGGGGCGAGUGUAUGGUACAGAUCAGUUCGGACUGGGUGGGGGGGGGGGGUCCCUAGCGGGCUGCCCCCCCCCCCCCCCCGAGGAUGUUUGCGUCUUUUACGGAGUGUAUGAAAUUAUGCAAACGAGCGGUGUUUUCAAAAACGCACUGCAGCAUUGUACUGUAACGCUUCUCAUCGUUCUAUCAAACUAAAUGCAGAAAGAUUCCCAUAAACACACACACAAUGUUUUUCCACAUGGCAAAAGGCAUUCUCCGGCGGUCGUCGGUAUGUUGAAUGGAGGCGUCUGGGGCAAUACAGACAUGCGUGCGCACAGAGUAAAGCACUGUCACUGCUGUUCUGGGAGGAUCCACGUUCAGCCUGAGCCGGUACAGCAUGAACUUAUUGCACUGGCUACAUUUCUUGCUAAACGUUCCCUGAGAAAGAGAGAAAGAGUGUGUGUGUGUGAGAGAGAGAGAGAGAGAGAGUGUGUGUGUGUGUGUGUGUGGGCUUGGAACAGCGGUGAUGGUCUGGAGGAGCUCCUACACAGUGCUUCCUUCAGCUUGGCGUGAAUGGGACGUGUGGUCUGCGACCCGAUUGGCCGGCCGGGUCUCGGGUGAGCAGCUGCAGGCCGGACGGUCGGCCAUUUUGGGUCCUAUGCAUUUAUCCCCUGCAUCCUCCAUGUAGCUGUGAAUGCAUGCGCUGUGUAGCGGGUGUCUUACGCUGGUCAGUUAGACUGUGGAUAUUCCCCCCCCCCCCCCCCCCAGUCCUCCAAACGGUUAGUGUAUAUGCGGUUCAAUAACCUUGAUGAGACUGUGUAUGUGUGCGUGUCUGCGUGCGUUUGCACUUCAAGCCCGGACCUUCCCAACACUACUGUGCGAUGGGUGUCAGAAACCACGUACAAACAGCAGCCAGAGUGGGGAGCUGCUCACAGCCCUUGGGUGUAAAAUGGGAGUCCGUCAGCAACAGCAGCUGGAAGGGAGGGGCAGGGCUGAGGUGUGUGACCUGUAGUGCAAUCCGACGGUUUUUGGGGACACCUGUGCACACCUGUAUAUUUUUAUCUUUGAGAUUUCUUCUCUCGUUUUUAAUAUGUAAUAUCUGUCGUUCUUUCAGAUGAUUAUUGUUUAAGGUGCUGGGAAUCCGAUUAUUGUGUUUUUCUUCAGGGUUGAUUUUUUUUUUUUUUUUCACAUUGUUUUUUUUUUUCAUUGCUGUAAUUUUCAAUGAUUUCUGUGUCAUAGUCUACGUGGCUGGCUGGGGGUGGGAGGGUGACAACUCAAAUGUAUUAUUUUUGUUCUUUUUUGUGGAAAGAGAUGAUCAAUUCAACAAUGAUAGUAAUAAAAACAAAAUGGCAUUAAAUUUGAAA